UUGUCCUACCCUCAGUUCAGCCUUGAGUCUCGUGAGGGAAUCACAGCUUGUUAGACUCUGGAUAAAGAAACUUAAUGUAGGAUGAAGAUCUUGGUUUUUCUCACCCUCCUUGUAGUAGGUCUACACAGCGCGGCGGCAGUGAUUCACUCUCUGAAGUAUUUCUACACUGGGUCCUCUCAAGUCCCAAACUUCCCAGAGUAUGUGUCUGUUGGGAUGGUUGAUGAAGCUCAGAUAAGUUACUGUGACAGCAACACCAAGAGAAAUGAACCCAAACAAGACUGGAUGAGCAGAGUCACAGCAGAUGAUCCACAGUACUGGGAGGAUAUAACUCAGAUCUGUGUGGGUAACCAGCCGAGCUUCAAAGCCAACAUUGAAACUGCAAAGCAGCGCUUCAACCAAACUGGAGGUGUCCACAUUUACCAGGUGAUGUACGGCUGUGAAUGGGACGAUGAGACUGGAGAGGUUAAUGGUUUCAUUCAGUUUGGUUAUGAUGGAGAAGACUUCAUAGUAUUGGACCUGAAGACAGAGACAUGGAUCGCUCCAAAACCACAAUCUGUCAUCACCAAACACAAGUGGGAUCAUAACAGAGCUCAGACAGUACAGUUCAAACAUUACCUCACCCAGGAGUGUCCUGACUGGAUAAAGAAGUACGUGAACUACGGGAAGAGCUCUCUGCUGAGAACAGAGCUUCCCUCAGUGUCUCUCCUCCAGAAGACUCCCUCCUCUCCAGUCAGCUGCCACGCUACAGGUUUCUACCCUCACAGAGCCGAUAUGUUCUGGAGGAAAGAUGGAGAGGAGCUUCAUGAGGACAUGGAACGUGGAGAGAUCCUCCCCAACCACGAUGGAUCCUUCCAGAUGAGUGCUGUCCUGGACCUUUCAUCAGUCACACCUGAAGACUGGAGGAAGUACGACUGUGUGUUUCAGCUCUCUGGUGUGAAGGACGACAUCAUCACCAAACUGGACAAAGCUGUGAUCAGAACUAAUGGAGGUUCUUCAGGCUCCCUGUGGGUGUUGUCAUUGGAGUUGUUGUCGUACUUGUGGCCGUGCUAGCCGCCAUCGUUGGAUACGUCCUCUGGAAAAAGAACAAUAAUGGGUUUAAACCUGCUAACAUUUCAGACACUUUUUCAUCAUCAUCAUCAUCAUCAUCAUCAUCAUCAUCAUCUGUCAAAGUUCCAGUUACUAACUGAUGACAGUGAGUACUUCAUUGUGUCAACUUAGCUCACUGAACUAAACACAUAUAAUACUACUAACAUUUUCCCAAACUGUUGUUUUUUUAAAGGUGAAAACACAAUUUAGACAUGAACUUGUGAUGAACCAGAUGUUUUAGAUUGAAGAAGUCAGUCUUAUAAAGCAUUUCUCAGUGUGAGAUCCAGUAUAACUACAGAAAAAUGUUGACAUGUUUUACAACAAAAGGCAAAAAUGAUUGAAUACUGAGAUUUAAGUACCUGAACCUGUUGUUUACUGUGUUUACCUGCAUUCCUGCUUCAUUCUUGUGCUUCGACUGCUGUUAAAAUGCAGGUUGCUUUUGGUUAAACGUGUGGCAGUCAGUCAUAGAUACCAUAUUGAUUAAAGCUGAAAAUGAUUUCAUAAUCUUGUGUUGUAAACUGUUUAUUUGAUUAGAAUAUUUUCUUUCAAAUAUAUAUCUCUUUAAUUUCUCUCAAAGCUUCUUUUAUGGCUCCUAUUUGUUAUUUUCUUUAGGAUCCAUUCUGUCAUUACAGUCUGUGUCUUUGAUGUGGUGAUUAUGGAGGACAUUGGUGUAACGAAGAGUGUAAUAUCUCAUUUUGACUACAACUUGUACAGAUUCGGGUUUUAUAAAUGAAUAAAGUGCUUCUGAAAACCCA